UUCACCUACUUUAAUCCCCCGCUCCUCCUAUAUACCCACCACCAAUUUGACCGUUGCAAGUCUUCCUCUUCACACCCAAAGGCUCUCCUCUCAUCUUCAUAUCCUCUCUCCCUUUGCUUGCAGAGAGAGAGAGGUCUUUUGAAAUCAAUAUCCAUAGCAGCAAUACAAAACAACCCAUCAUCCAAUUCCUCUUCUGUCAGACCCAGUAAUUUCAUAAUUUAUCAAAAAAAUGGAGUCGCCGCAGAGAAGGAAAAGCGGGCUGAAUCUCCCAGCUGGGAUGAGCGAAACCUCGCUGCAGCUUGAGACGUUUUCGGGUUCUUUUCGAGCAAUAUCGAGCUUAUCGUCUCCGGGGUCUUAUCGUGCAUUAUCAGGCUUGACGACGUCUCCAUCGAAAUCUUCCACUUGCAGCGACAGAUUCAUACCUUGCAGAUCCUCUUCAAGGCUGCACACUUUUGGGAUUGUAGACAAGGGGUCGCCGGUUAAAGAAGGGGGAAAUGAGGCUUACUCGAGGUUGUUGAAAUCUGAGUUAUUUGGGUCUGAUUUUGGGUCUUUUUCUUCUCCUGCAGGUCCUGGAUCGCCUAUGAGUCCAAGCAAGAACAUGUUGAGAUUCAAGACUGACCAAUCGGGGCCUAAUUCUCCUUACUCUCCUUCCAUCUUGGGGCAUCAUGAUAGCGGGGUUUCUAGUGAGGCCUCCACCCCUCAGAAGCCACCAAGAAAAGUCCCUAAGACACCCCAUAAGGUGUUGGAUGCCCCAUCUCUUGAAGAUGACUUCUACUUGAACCUGGUAGAUUGGUCCUCACAGAAUGUACUUGCGGUGGGACUGGGCACUUGUGUUUAUUUAUGGAGUGCAUCAAACAGCAAAGUGACUAAAUUGUGUGAUUUAGGACCUAAUGAUGGUGUCUGUGCUGUUCAAUGGACCAGGGAGGGUUCAUACGUAUCAAUUGGUACAAGCCGUGGUCAAGUUCAGGUAUGGGAUGCAACUCAGAGCAAGAGAGUUAGAAACAUGGGCGGACAUCAAACAAGAACCGGAGUCUUGGCAUGGAAUUCUCGUAUAUUAUCAUCAGGAAGCAGGGACCGUAACAUACUUCAACAUGACCUUCGCGUUUCAAGUGACUAUAUCGGCAAGUUUAUUGGUCACAAAUCAGAGGUUUGUGGGUUGAAAUGGUCGCAUGACGACAGAGAACUUGCAUCAGGUGGAAAUGAUAAUCAGCUCUUGGUUUGGAACCAGCAUUCUCAGCAACCAACUUUAAGAUUGACAGAACAUACUGCUGCUGUCAAAGCCAUUGCAUGGUCACCCCACCAAAGUAGCCUUCUUGCAUCUGGAGGUGGAACUGCUGACCGAUGCAUUCGCUUUUGGAACACUACCAAUGGUCAUCAGUUAAACAGUGUCGAUACCGGAAGCCAGGUUUGCAAUCUAGCAUGGAGUAAAAAUGUGAAUGAGCUAGUUAGCACCCAUGGAUAUUCCCAGAAUCAGAUUAUGGUGUGGAAAUAUCCAUCAAUGGCUAAGGUUGCAACCCUAACCGGACAUAGUUUGCGAGUACUUUAUCUAGCCAUGUCUCCUGAUGGUCAGACAAUAGUGACUGGAGCAGGAGAUGAGACACUACGGUUCUGGAAUGUCUUCCCAUCCAUGAAAGCCCCGGCACCAGUGAAGGAUACAAAUCUUUGGUCAUUAGGAAGAACUCAUAUCAGAUGACCCCCCAAUCCCUUCCUUCCACCAACCUAAAUUAUUCUGUAAAUGGAUAUACACUAUAUGAUAUACACAUGCCCCAUAAAAAAAGUACUUUCCUUCGUUUUUUCAACUUCUUGAACUUGGCAAAUUGAGCAGAGAAUUGCAUAAUUGUAAAGUUUUUUCAAAUUUGUUCCACUGAUAGCUAUGCUAUUCAUGUCAAAUAUAAUGAUAUCAUUUAGAUUAAAUCA